AUGCUUGGACGUGCACUUCUUCUUUCCAAUGUGUGCUGCCUGGCCACUGCGGCGCGCCACUCUUUCGUCGGCGGCGUUGCGUCGUCCGACCUCGUGGAGGCGGUGGCCGGCGACGGCGACGACGCCUUCGGGGAGCCAGCCGUGGCCGUCGGCGGCGGCGGCGCCGCGUGGAGCGCGCCCUCCGUGCAGGCGGUGGCCAGCGACGACGGCGCCUUCGGGGACUCCGCCGUCGCCCCUGCCAGCGACUCCCAGCGGAACGCCUCCUCCGCCACGGCGGCGGCCCGCGACGACGGCACUUUCGGGGACUCCGUCGCCGCCGCUGCCAGCGGCGCAGCUCGGAGCGCCUCCUUCGCCCUGGCUGGAGACCCGUCAGCGCCUCGCGCGCCCGCGGCGGCCGACGGCGCAGGCGAGCCCGCUCGCUCCGCGGGAGGCGGCGCCGGCCAGGCGCCGCUGCGGCACCUUGCCGUCGGCGCCGCCAGCGCGCUGCUGCAGGCGGCCGUGUCGACGAGGGCGCACUUCGUGGACUUGCAGGAGCUGGCGAGCCACCCAGACCAGCUGCUCGCGGUGUGCUACGCGGUGCCCUGCGUGGUCUGGUUCAUUGCCAUGAUCAGGGUUUCGUCGGCCCACCUCCGCGAGCAGUCGCGCAAGGCGGCGGCACACAAGGCCCAGCUAAAGGAAUCGUUCGACGGCUUCUUGGGCGACAUGGAGAGCCUCUUGGACCGGAUGGUCGAGUCCUCCUCGCGCCUCGCGGAGCAGAACCUCGACGGCAAGCGCCGCGACUUCCAGAAGUUCCUCCAGGCCAUCGCCAGAAGGCCCGCCGUGGUCUCUGGCGACCCAGACGCCGUGACGAACGAGCUGCGGAGGUUCGUGGGCUGCUGGCUGAAGGUCUUCGAGGAGUGCAGCAAGGACCCCGUCCACCGCCCGACCAUCGUUGCCGGAGAGUGGGAGCUGGCCCGAACCGAGACGUGCCCGGACCUCUGCGCCCUGGUGCAGGAGCGCCUGGAUAAGCAUGAGCUGAACUUCAUCGCGGGCAUGGUGUCCUCGAUCAAGGAGAACAAGAAGGUGGACAGCUUCAAGAACGAGGGGAUGCCCCCGCAGGCAACGACGAAGGAUCGGGGCUGCUUCGGCUGCUCCUGGUUCCAGCUCGGCUGCUGCCUGGGGUGCGGUUGCGGGCCCAGGCCUGGCGGCGGGGACCGGCCGAGCCUCAGCCUGGCGUGCUGCUUGUGCAGGACCACUUUCCUGUCGGUGAAGCACGUCAUGGUCGUUGGCGCAGUGCUAUGCGGUUUUGCUGUCAUGGCUGUGCAGGCGCACGCGCGGAACCACCUCUGCGCGGCCGUGGUCGGCGUCGCGGAGCUCUGCGUCAUGAGCGUGAUGGUGCGCUUCGAGGACGUCGACGCCCUGGCCCGACUCCAGGCGGACGUCAACCAGCUUGAGCGCGAACAUGAGGACGUCAGGCAGAGGUGCUCGAAGCUCAAGAAGUUCAGCGCUCAGAUGCAGAACAUCUCCACCCUUUGGCGCUACCGCACCGUCCCGCUGCUCGACCUCCUGAAGGAGCUCCACGAGCAGCUCUGGGACACGCCCGCGGGGGACCUGCUCGUGGUCCUCGGGGAGCUGAACGGCGGACUCGAGUGCGCGCUCGAGAGCGUCGGGCCGCUGACUCUGUACACAGGCCAUAGCGAGCUGUCGGAGGACGUGAUGAACAUUAUCUCCACCCGCCUCUACGCGGUCACGAAUUUCAUCAAGGAGAACAGUUCGCAGGCUCAGGCGGAGAUCGCUCCGCACGUGGCUCGCCAGCUGCGGAACCUCUUCGCCUUUAUCAACGUGCAGGUCGUGGCCGCCCACGACCUCGGCAGGAGUGACUGGUCCAUCACUGGUGGGAGCUCCGACCCCUUCGUGCGGAUGCGCGUCCGGGAGGACGCCGAGUGGCUGUGCACGGAGGUGGUCCUGAGCAACCUGAAUCCGAGGUUCAACGAGGAGUUCUUGCUCGCGGCCAGCCCGGAGGACAUCGGACAACCUGGGCCGCGCUGA